AUGACCCGUCGACACGAAAUCGUGCAGAUGGUGACCUACCUUGACAAGGCCCAACGGAUUUUCGGCGACGAGCCACACCUUCAUGUGGCCUUCGACGGCAGCAGUGUUGGAGGCAAGCCAUUGGAGGCAUACAAGUUUUAUAGUCCCCGCACUACACACAUCUCCGUUCGGCUCGGUCGGUUUUGGCAGGACUACGACUGGAGCACGCUUCAGCGUGCGUUUGGUGGCAUCAAACAAGCUUGGUAUACCACCCAGCAGGUGGUGCCGGACGCUGUUCUUCCUGAGAAGGAGCCCAAAUGCCACCAGCUUCUUCGGGACAACAUGCUAUGGUGCAGCAAGGUCUCAGGCCGACUUGAAGAUCCGUGUUUAUACGGCAAUAUCUUGGACCUCUAUCCUGAAUUCAAGGAUCAGGGGGCUUUUGAAGAGAAGAAGGCGCUCCUCUACAACUGCACCAUCAAUUCCUCUUGCCCCUGCAGAACACAUGGAAGCCCGACCGGGGCGAGGGCAGUGAUGUCUUGUUGUGUUCCCAAAUCCCACUUCGAUGUCAGCGGCCUCCCUUGUCCUGACUUUUCCGCAGCCGGAAAGAGACGUCGUAUGGAGGGGCCCACCAACAGCGUCUUCCUUGCUCACGGGCGCUUGCAUGGAACUCUGCAAACACCGCUUCUACUUAUAGAAAAUGUGCAAGGACUGGAUGUGCAAAUGCUGCUGAAGACGCACACUCAGUAUGAGCUGUACCAGAUCUUCACAGAGCCCAAGGAGCUAGGCUUCGCUGCUACAUCCCGAGCACGCACUUAUAUCAUAGCGGCUCACAAGUCCAAGUGCGUGUGCUUGCACGACCCCUUCGAGUUGCAUGAUGCGAUCAAGCGCAGAAUGGCUGAGUAUGCAAGCACGACUGUAGCUGACUACCUGGUGGCCACGGAGCAGGACAUUCUCCUGGAGGCACAAGAAACUGGCCGCGUGCGCAACAUUGAACAUAGGCCUGGGGUCCAGAACUACUCGUAUUACUUGACGGCCCGGGAGCUUGAAAGCCUGCGUAUCUUGGACUGCAAAUACAGAGAGCAGUUCCGGAGGGAGCCCGGCACGGACGGCAACCUGGUCUAUCAUUUGGGCGACAACGCUUCCUGGAACACUUCCUGGAGUGCGGUCAGCGGUGCCUUGCCCACGUUCCGACUCGGAGCGAGCAGCUCGAAAUACUGGCUGCCGCGGUACCGUCGUUGGCUCACCUCUCGUGAGAAGCUGGUUGCGAUGGGUUUUCCGGUGACAGCCGAAACCGCUGAGGCUUUGGGCACGCCUACCGUGUUCGCUACCGAUGUCAAGCGUGCCGCGGACAUCUUGGGCAAUUGUAUGCAUUUCACUACAGCCGGGAUCAUGCAGCUCAUUGCCCUUUCCUGCUUCGGGACGGACAAGCGCACCCAGACCCAGCGGCUGAAGAACGAGUACCUUCGGCUGAACCAGCCGAUGGCGGAAUGCUCGCUGGUGGAUCUAGUGCGGCGGGUGGAGAUAGAGUUUUCAAAGUCCAAGCACUUCGAAGUGCAGAAAGGCGGCCGUGGCUGGCUGGUUCUCUGCGGCGACCAGUUCCGCAGACUCCCAGAGCCUAAGAGUGGCAGCUGGGAGGUUGAGACCGACCCAGCCACAGGGGUGCCGUUUCUCGACGACAAGGACCAUUCCAGGAUGUGGGCUAUCUCUCCCUUCCAGAGCAAGGCCAGGGUGCUAUUUGCUAAUGUUAAAUAUAGUACGGCAUAG